CUUGGCUGUACAAUUUUUUUCUAAAUGACCAGGAUCCUCGUUAGCUGGCGGUGGGUCUUUCGACGGAUACACUUGCACUAUGAAGUCGUUGGCAGCAUCGCCGUGUUCUGUCUUCUUCUGCUGGGUGUCCUGGACUAUGGCUACCUCUUCCACGGAUGGGACCUCCUCUGGUGGAGGCAAAUGGUGCUGAAGCAGGAGAUUACUCCGCUGUCUGUCAUGUUGAACAUCGGUGGUGUCAAGAUGGGCAUUAUCCUGGGACACGCACUGUGGAGCUACACUCGACAGGCGGCUGCACAGCAUCUGCCGGGCAAUCAGGACAUGCCCAUCGCUUAUGUUCGAAGGCGGUACUGCCGCUUUCUAAUAAUGCGCCUGCUAGCGUCCUUGGACAGGCUAAUCCAUCACCAUCCUCGACUGGAGGACUUCCAGCAACGGCACAAGGAUUUAAACGACGCAGUGGAGCUCUUUCGCUGGGAGGCCCGAAAACUCUUCGAGCGGACGGAUCUACAACUCUGCCUGCCUCUCCACGAAGUCCUGCCUGUGGAGGAUCUGCAGGAGGAGGUCCUACUCCACCAGGGCUACGGCGAGAAAUUACUACAGCUGCGCGAGCUGGACAUCCAAAUGAUGGUCUACGAGAUCUGAAGGGGUUCCGGGGGUGAAUGUAGAAUGGAUACCAACCGCUUUACCACUUGCCAAACUUUUUAA